UUUAAAAGGACUUUAAGCAAGCAGUAAAAUACUUUUAUAAUGGAACGACGAGGCGACAUACGUUGUAAGAAAAAAUAAAAAAAUGUUUAUUCAUAAUCUUAUUACAACAGCUGCGCUGGUCAUUAACUUUCGGUUAGGUUUUGGAGGAACAGUUGAACCUGAAGCAACAAAUGUAACAGUAAUACGUGGUAAAAUGUUAGAUAUAAGUUGGACAGUAAGUCCCGCAAGUGGUGAACGUGUCACUAGUUUGCAGGUAUAUGUGUUGCCCAACACCACUUCUGAAAUAUUAAUUGGUCGCAGUCCACUUGUGUCAGUUUAUGGAGACACUUUAUUUGGUGUUGGUAGAUUGUCUGCUACAUUUGUUUGCUCGACAUACAAGUUGAUGUUAAAGAAUGUAACUAUCCCUGAUAGUGUAACAUUUCAACUUUUUGUAGUUUUUAUCAAUGGUGAUAAAUCUGAUAUCAAAUCAUCCGACAUUCAGGUUACUGUUAAUGGUAGUCCAAGCUUGUGUGACAGAAACUUAGAAUCAAGAUACACGGUAAAUGAAAAUCGCACUUUGAGCCUUGUUCAAGUUAUAUGUGGACAUCCUAAACCUGAAGUUAAAUGGAAAGUGGGAGACGACAACUUCAGUAGAUCAUACAAUUCAUCUUACAUCAAUACUGCAAUCAGGCAGCACAAAUAUACAUUUAGAACACGACCAAUCACUCGCAAUGAUUGUGGACGAACCCUCAUAUUCGUCGCUAAUAACACAGUGGGAAGUAUUAAAAGAAAUGCAGAACUUAAUGUUGAAUUUGUACCUUCAAUGGUCUCGAUGGUAUCGUUGUAUAGACACAAUGCAAGUUGUGUUCGUGUCACUUGGGAUGCGGAAGACACUGGGAAAUGUAAUGUCAGCUAUCAUUUGCAGUUUACUGGUAGAGAGACUAUUUAUAACUCUUCUAACAGAUAUUUUACACUAUGCAAUUCUUCAGAUGUUGACACUGUUAUUAUUUGGGCAUCAUACAAGGGAAAGAAUGGUUGGAAACUUGCCAGUAGGAUUAGCACCACGACCUCGUCACCAUAUUUCACCUCGACGACAAAUAUUGCGACGACCAAUGCAGGAAAAAGUUUACCGAGAACAUGUGACUGUCAAUCUACAAUUAACGUUAUCAUUGCGGCCGUCAUCACAUUAAUUUUAGUUACAAUUAUUUUUAUAAUUUCUAAACAUAAAGGUUAUAUUACUGUCAGCAUAAACCGGAAGAGACGGCCACAAAGCAAUGAAAAUGGAAGUGACGAUUAUGAGGUAACAGGGGCAACGACAUCUCAUUAUGCAGAUAUCAAUAUCAAAGCUGUGAAACCCAGUAUAUAUGCAGAUUUGACAACGACAGCUGAUCAUUCAAAGCAGUAUGCUGAAAUUGAGUUGCAUAAAAAGGACACAUACUCCAAUAUCAGGGACUGAAAACAACCGAUUAUUGGAUAUCAUCUGCACAAGUUCUUCAUCCUAUAAACUUGGCCUGUAAAUAUGUAUUUUUAACACCAUCUAAGGGUAUUAAGUUCCGAAUUAGACAAUUUAAUAAUUCUCUAUUAGACGAUAAUGUAAAAUUCGUCUGCUUUAAUUGGUAUUGAUUCUUUCAUGACUUUUAGCCUGGUUUACCGGGAAAUAAUCUUUAACCUUUUGAUAUUCUAUUCACCAAACAUUUUGUUAAAAAGUCUUUUUUUCCAAUUUAUUUACGUGCGUAAAAGGUAAUGCUUACAUUGCAUUAAAAGACAUUUAUUUUGAUUGCAAUAGGCAUUCCUGAAAUUUAGCUUUUCUAAUAUACCACAGGUAGAAUACUUAUAUGGGAGUUCUUAAAGUUACAAAACCUGUUAUAACCCUUAACUUCAUUUCUGUAUCCAAACCUUCGUAUAAAAACGAGACAUGAGAUGAUAAACACGAAAAUGAGGUCUUUUAACUAAGAUGAGUUCUCCCUUGUAUUGGUCAUUCUAAAGUAGGAUGAAAUUCAUACUUUUUAUAUAUAGCUAACUUUUUUUAAAUUUAGAAGACUUUCGAAGAUAGUUAGAUAGUUUUAUAGAUGUGUUUCUAUUAUUAUUGCUACUAAAUUCAUCGCAAUUAUACAAUCGUUAACAAAAUUAAUAGUUAGUUCUGGUUUUCACUGUCACAGAAUUUGAUGACGUCAUCAGGAAAAAUGUUGUCGUAAUCCAUUUUUUUUAAGCAAUUGUUUUUCUAAUUAUUGGACAACACUUGUGAUAAGUUUUAAGUCCAACGGACAACAAUUGUAUAAGUUAGACAGAGGGGUCGAAUCAGCCGCCCACCCCCACAGCAUUGAGGAGCCCCGCAAAAGUUCCAGCAGGAAUAGGGUUAACGCAGUAAAGGCCGAGAGAAGCAUUAUGACCUCUACCUGUUUCAUUGAGAACGACUAAGAGCGUAAACCUUGGUCAGUGGUACGGUUCGUCCAUGGAAAUUGCAAUAAAUCAUCACUUCUCAGUAAGGCGUGAUACUUCAAAUGCUGUACUAUUUCCAAAAGUUCAAGCUGAAGACAUACUACCUUUUCUUCACACUAAAUAAUAAAUAAAAUACUUUAUACAUUCCCAAAUAUUCAAAUUAUACAUAAAAGUUUGAGAAAACGUUGUAUAUAUAGAGUCGACGCUCGUUAUCUCGACGUU